AAUUUUAUACGAUUAAAAUUAAAUUGAUUUUUUUAAAAUAUGUACCAAACUCAACUUCGUUAUACGAAAAUUCUGAAGGUAAUUACCCAGAAAGACAUGAACCCAGUAAAACGGGAGUAUUUGAUCAGAUAGGCUGUAAAAACCGGGUUUAGUAAAAUAUAAGUUGAAUAUGGAGGUAAAUACAAAGUUUUACUCUUGGGUUUUACAGUAGUGAGAAAUGUGUUAAAUGUUCGAUGUUAAACUCCAGUUUUAAUGAAUCAAAGUAAUACACUCACGGAGAAACAAAUAUAUUACAUACAUUAAACUCUGAGACAGGCUCCCAAUAUUCUUCUCCGUAUUCAUACAGUAAAACGUCCGUAAAAGACUGGUAAAAUACAGGGGACGCAACUCUGGUUGGCCGUUAUUUUCCCUCAUUUCACACUUCUUCCGCACUCAUAUUAGUUAACGAUCCUCCAUCAAUAUUCUCUUCAUUUAACUGAAUUUACAAUGUUUUGCAUUGUCCAUUUUACGGAUCCCAGUGAUAACAGUGUGCAAAUUGUUCCUGAAAUUUGGUUGGAUGCUACCAGAAAAUUUUGCUACUGGCCAGCCGGACCCAAAGCAAAUAAAAUUGCUUCCAAGUUAAUUAGUCAACUUGCUGCUCCACAAGAAAAUUGGCAACUGCAUCCGAUUCAACUUAAACGUAGCAAUGUUCGAGAUUUGAAGGAAGGAAAAGCCCUAGAAAAACGUGCGGAGGAGGAAUCAAAUCUCGAGUCGUCAUCGGAUCAUUCUGGGGGGACAUCUUCGCGAAAGAGAAAGAUAUUUGAAAGAAAGAUAAGCAUAAAAAAGAAUAAGGGGAAUGAGGUAUCGUUAGAGGAGGAAGACAAUCUGAGGUUAUCGCCCGCAUUACCAUCAGACGAAGAUGAAGGACCUACAGAUCACGGGUCAUUUUUGGAAUCAACAACCGUCACCACUCCUCCCGAAUCUGUGCCAGUGAAUUCACAAAUAUUUUCGCCUCCGGGGGAAUCACAAGUUAUCGAAAUUUCUGUAUUCCAAACUGAGGAAGACUUUAUUGUGAACAAUUCAGCCGACGGCGAUCUGGGCCAAGAAUCUGAAGAAGGAAAACUACCACCUGGGACAACUCUGCUAACUUUGUAUACACGGCAGAUCGCGCUCGAAAAAUAUCUGCUCACUACCGUCCGUGAAUUAAAGGAUGAUAUUCAAGAGCUACUUAUUCGAACUAAAUCGACCUCAACUAGGGUGCAACUCAAUGUCCCGGUAAAAUUGCCACUUGAAUCUCUGACGGAUAUGAGAAGCUUGGAACACUGGAUGGCUGAUAACAAUCAUAAAACCAGCUUGGUUGACAUGUUUUCAUCCUUUGGGGGCAAGACACCACAGAAAGUUGUCACUGGAAUUCUGCAACGUCUAUUCUCAAAAGAAUUAGCGGUGCAAACAAAUUACAUUGGGGUUCACAAUAAAAUUUGCUUCAAAAGUUCUCCAUUAGCUGCUGCGGUUCUAGACGGAGCUUUGGAAAAUCCAGUUUGCCGUGCUUCCAAGACGUCAGAAAUUGUUGCCUUCAUUCAGACUUGGCUUCAAAAUUCUCGGCCGCCGAAAUCCCAACAGUCACCAGAUAAUAACUAAUCCUAAUGUCGUCAUAUCGAUCCAAGCGCCGCAGAAUCAUCAAGGAUGUUCAGUCCACUAUUAAUUCGUUAAGUAAAAUAAGUCCUGAAGUUUUGGUUACUCCAUUAAGAAGUGUGCCAUCCUAUAAAUAUGAUUUUUCUUUGGGUAACAGCAAUAUUCACAGUCUAGAAAAUGUAGUAAGUCCUUCAAUUGAGUUGACACCAUCGUCAGCUUCUUCUCAAGUUAGCCUGAAACAUGCAUUAUCGCAUUGGGCAAUUUCAUUUAACAUAUCUCAUAACGCACUAGAUUCUUUAUUGCCAGUUUUAAAUAAUCAUCUUCCGGACAAUGAAAUUCUUCCCGUAUGCGCCAAAACAUUAUUACACACUCCGAGAAAAAUAACCGUGACUUCCAUUAAAGGGGGGAAAUUUAGUUAUUUUGGUAUUAAAGAUCAAAUUCUUAGGGUUAGUUGUUCUAGUUUUAGAAAUGAAUGUAAAUAUCCCUUUUUAAAAACAUUUGUAAAUUUAAAUGAUUCAAAUGAUUUAUUGUCAAUAACUGUAAGCACGGACGGAUUCCCAGUGUGUAAGAGUAGCAAUACGCAAAUGUGGCCAAUUUUAUUUACAAUUGACCAAGUCAAAAAUAUGUCCCCAGUACUGGCCGGUUUAUUUUGCGGCGAGAGUAAGCCAUGUUGUGUUAAAGAAUUUUUAAAACCAUUUAUUGAGGAGGUUAGAGAUUUAGAAUUAAAUGGGCUCACUGUUGAUUCUGUUAAAUAUAGAUUUCGAAUAAGUGCAAUUAUUGCAGAUGCGCCUGCGCGUAGUUUUAUUAAGGGGUGCAAAGGGCAUAAUGGUUAUCAUUCUUGUGAGCGCUGUAUUGACGAAGGUGAAUACAAUGGGCGAAUUAUUUAUUCUGUUAAGUCUAGUACGCUUCGAUCUGAUGAAUCAUUUAGGGCGAAACUUGACAUUGAUCAUCAUGUGUACGACUCACCAUUGGCGAUACUUAAUGUUGGAUUGGUUAGUCAAGUCGUUAUAGACUCAAUGCAUUGUUUUUAUUUAGGAAUUAUGCGUAAACUCUUAAAUAUUUGGAUUUCUGGGCCCAUAAAAAAUCGUAUGCAAUCUAAGAAAGUUUUCGAAAUCUCGGACUAUUUAUGUCGUAUUUCCAAACAUGUUCCUUACGAAUUUAACAGGAAGCCGCGCUCAUUAAAAGAUAUUAACAGGUUCAAAGCUACAGAGUUCAGACAACUUUUAUUAUACACAGCUCCAAUGGCCUUUCGUGGCAUUCUUUCUGACGAAGCCUAUAUCCACUUUCUAAAGCUUCAUUCAGCUGUAUAUAUUUUAUUAUCUAACAACGCUCAUGUGGAUGAGUGGAAUAAUUUAGCAAAAAGUUUAUUAGAAAAAUUCGUUAGUGACAUGAAAAAUAUAUACGGAGCAACACAAAUUGUCUAUAAUGUACAUAGCCUGUUACAUAUUUCAGAUGACGCAAAACUUUUCGGUAGUUUGGAUAACGUUAGCGCAUUCCCAUUCGAAAAUCAUUUGCAGUUUUUAAAAAAACAAGUCAGAGGGAAAAAACUUCAGUUGGAGCAAAUAGUUAAACGAGUGGAAGAAGCCCGUAAUUCUGAUUAUUUGCAGUCAAAGUCCGCCAGAUGCAAAAAUUAUGUACAAGGUAAAAAUAAAGUAAUCCGGCGAUAUUUUUUAGAAAAAUUUAGCAUUGGUACAAAGUUUGGUGAUAAUUGCUUUCUGGAUGGGGAAAUGAAUAUAGUUCUCGUUAAAUCAAUAACAAUUGAUGACAUAGGUAAACCUAACUUCAUUUGUCAAAAAAUUCUUACUCGAAACACUGUGGGUAUGUAUCCGAUUAAGAGUAGCAAAUUAUGUAUCUAUAAAUUGUCGUUAAAUUUAUCUAAUGAUUUUGUACUUAAUAGUAAUUUGUUGUUUAUGAAAUGCGUUUUGUUACCGUAUAGAUUAGAUUCUAGUUGUUACUAUUGUAUCCCGAUGUUAAAUAAUUACAUUAAUCCUAGCCGUAAUGGAGUUUUGUUAACUUAACUUGUAUAGCGUAAUUUUUUUUGAUUAUUGAAGAGAUAAUAAAUAUGUACAGAUUUGAAAACAA